AUGGGGCGUUUCCAUACCUGGACAGUGAGUUUUGAUUGGUGGUGGCGCGCGCUGCACCUGUGUCCAUUAUUCACAUACAGACUUGGCUCUCUGAAGGAGCACGAGGCGUCGGAGUGAGGAUUUAAGUGACAGCUGAAAUUUAAAAGCACGGUGAGAAAAAAACAGUUUGUUACUCUGACAACAAAAUCUCCACCUGUUUAACCAGAAGUUUCAUGUUUUUGUCGCGUAGAGUUUUUAAAGUUGAUAACAUAUCUUGGUAUUAAAGUAUUGAAGAACUGACGGCGAAUUCUGGUUUAAAAAGUUUGCAUUUUGGCUUUAAAAUGACGAGUUUGGAGGCAAACGCAUCGAUUCAGCCUUUUCUAACUACACUUUUUGAGUGGCAUGGGAUAACUUGUAUUCGGCGUAUAAAUAUCCAACCAAACGUGUCAUGUUUCUGGUCAGUUACAUUUGAUAAUUGUUGGUUCGUCUGCAAGAAGCUCCUCAUUGAAUGACCCAGAAUCACAUGUAAUGUCAAUUUUACCAGUAAAUAACUUCUGCCCGAUUGCUUCCACCUAUGCCGAAGAGAUCAAAACUUACUAUGAAGUUAAUUCAGAUAUAAUUCAAGAUGACUGAGACUUUACUUUUUACUUUAAAGGAAGAGUCAUAAAAGAGGUUACUUUCCUUACCAGGAUUUGUGAUGGAUAUGGAACACCCUGUUGUUGUUUAUCAAGGAAAACCAUACAGAUAUUAAUGGCAGUGAAGCCUAAAAUUAAGCUUUUUUUCUGUGAUGUUCCAGGGGAAUCUCUAUGGUUCAAUAUUGACCAACCACAGUAGCUAUUGUGCUUCUCAGGUUUUUCAUGUCAUUGGGUGCCCAAAAUAACUAUAAAGAAACCAAAUUAAACUCCCGAAACCUUUUCCAAAUAUGUCAUUAAAUUUACCUCUUAACAUUCAUAAAGCUUUUCUAUUUCUUUAAAUUAACGGCGCACAUUUGAUAGAUAUUAAAUUGUAUUUUUUCAUGUCUCCUUAGAUCUGACUGGCUAACUAAAGGACCCUUCCACCUGUCAUCUUUGGAUCUGAGAGAUCAGAUGGAGGGAGUGCUGAUUGUCAAAUCUGCCUCUGAUCCCAACCUUUCCUCUCUAAGCUCUUCAUUCUUUUUACCCAGUGCUGAGAAAGAUUUAGAUGCCCAAUCAUCUUCCUCUGACCCUUCUGCCAUGUGUGUGACCUCUGUACCACCACCACCACCACCUCCUCCACCACCACCUCUACCUCCUCCUCCUCCUCCUCCACCCCCACCUCUUCUUCCUCCUUUUGGAUCUCGUAGUGAACAACGUCGUUCUAUGAAAAAGCUGAACUGGGACACCAUCCCCAGCCAGCGUGUCCUGGGCAAACAUAAUGUCUGGACAACAAAGGGGACUCAAAGGGACCUGGUCCUAGAUAUCCAGAGCAUGGAGGAGCUAUUCAGUCAUGUUGACAAACGUGCCUCAAUACGCAACUCAAGGGUUAUGGGUCUGAAGAACAGUGAAGGCUUGGACCUCUUUCCACCGGAGCCUCAGGUGAAUAGCCACCAAAUAAAAUAACACUUAGUUGAAACACAAUGUUUGUUUCCAGUGAACUUUACCAAUCAUCUGUAGUGUUUCCUGGCAUGAAAACACACACAGUGCAGGCUAGCUGGGGAAGUAAUGAAGAAACAAACAGGAACUACUUUUAAGAAAAGCCAAUAAAUCAUUGUAUGCAAAAAGGAACCACUGAAUUCAAACUGCAAUUGCUUCCUCAACAGUGGUGUGAUGUAAAAUGUGCCUGUCAUUUCAUGUAAAAUUAGGUGUUUUACAGAGGAAAGUUUUUCUUUUCUUGUCACUAACAGCCUCCUUUUCUUAUCGCUUCAGGUCACAAUCCUGGACUCUAAAAAGAGUAUGAACAUUGGGAUAUUCCUCAAACAAUUCAAGAGGUAUGACUUGCCACUUUUAAGAGAGAGAGUGAUGAUAUACCAGUGGAAUAAGUCUCUAAAGUGAUUGCUGAUAAAUGAUGAAGGCACAGCUCGAACUAAAACUGCAUCAUUUUAUGUAAAACAUAGAUUUAGAAAAAUGUUUCCAACACAGUAGUCAUUUUGACAGAGUUAAUCAUUACCCGGUUAGCAGGCUCUUUAUCUCAGUCAACUAUAUUCAAAUCAAUGAAAACGUCUUGUUUAAAUUCAAUUCAACAGCAGUCAGUAUUCAUAAUAACACAUUUCUUUAAACAGUAAUGACUCAUUCAUGAAUACUUAAAUUCAUAAGAAACCAUGGUGCUGACCCAGUGGUAAAGCUUGUAUAGAGAGGACGCGCUCAGCAAGUUUGUUGACAUGUUUGAUCGAAACUAUUAUGUACCUUUUGUAUUUUAAAUUUGACCAAGUUAAAUCCCUAUUCUUUCCAUUUAAGGAGAUUUUUGUGCCGCAGGAAAAUGUGCGCUCAUUGAGUUCCUGUUUAUAUACUCGCAUGGCCAAUUACAUUUGUAGGAGCCCUCAGGCGGUUGUUCUAGCAUUUUCCCAUUAUUUCACUUUUACAUUUGCUCAGUCACACAGUUUUCCAAUCACUAACAAUAGUCACACUCAGAGAAAUUUGUAUUUUUUUAUAUUAAUGAGAUGUUUUAUAUGUCACCAGGGAGGCAGGGGAAACAACAGAAUAUAUGUCAGAGAGUGAGGGAGGAAGCUGUUUUAUUUGUUAAUGGUAAAGUAACGUGACUUCACAUGAAUCAACAUGUGAUUUUAUUGCCUGUACUAGGUCAAAAUGAUUGCCAUCAGUUGUGGUCAUUUAUGAUAACAACACCCAUGAUUGUCUACUCCUUUUUGGGGUCAUGAGUGAAAUGACUCUGUACUGAUGGCUGUUGAUAGGAAGAAGAUACAGAGCAGUUUUUUAAGCUCUUCGGAAUUUUAAGGAUGGAUGUUUAUCUGCCUUUGUAACCAUUUUCAAAACUCUUUUACAACACAGCAUGUAAAAGUAUGAUUCAGACAGUGUUCAGGCCUAUUCCAGACACUGAAGUUUCAACACCACAAAUGUAAAAAUUGUUGUAUGAAGGAAUGUUAAAGCUCCGGGGAGGCUCCAGGCUGAAUUUAAUACUGAUGUCUUUUUUUGACAUAAAAAAAAGCAAACAAGACCAUCAGUGAUCAGACUGAUGAUUUUUGUGCUUUAUAUUUUAAUGCGUGAAACUGGUGCAAUGGGGUUGGUGUCAGCAGGGCCUCUGGAAAAAAAACAACCCUUUUGUUUUACAUUUACAUUACACACUCAUGUUAAAUGGUUGUAAUGAUCAUUGUUGCCAUAUACAGUAAUUGUGUCAUCCUCACUUCAUCUUACCAUCUUCAUCAUCGUGAUUAAUGUUUAUUUUUUAUAUCAAGCUCUUCAUUCAUCCAGAAUGUAUAGCAGACUGUUCUGGUAAACUGAAACUUAAGCAUUUGAUCCGAUCUCUGUCUGAAGCCUAUCAAAUUGAUUUCACUUUCAGUCAAACGCUCACUCAGCUCUUCAUUUGAAUACCAAAUGCUCUCUGAAUGUGUGCCAGCAGCUAAGUACUGUAUCGAUGUCUGCUUCAUGGUAUCAAAUUCAAAUUGUGUAAACGUCAGUGUGUUCGCCGAAGUGCAUUUGAUGAUGCUAUUUGAGGUCCUUUAAAUGACUUAGUAAAAUCCUAGUGUUUCAUGUAAAGUGUGGCAUGUUGACAGAAUGCUUUCACUGGCAGCUAUCUGCAGCAGAGAAGUGCAGUAGACAUCUGUCUGCCUGAGCAUAUGUCUCUGACAGAGUCAAUAACCAUUACAUUUUUGAUUAUUUAAGUUCAUUAAUGUCUGCUGGUUGCUUGUCUCCAGAGUUUGGCUUUGUCAUUGCUCACCUUGCAAGUCAUAGUUACACUCCAACAGCCUCUAAACUGCAACAUUUUCUUAAAUCAUCGAGCACAAAGACAUGAUAUUAAGCAGAUGAACAACCUCAAUCAGGUUUCUGUUAUGUUUUACACAUAGAUUUUUGUGUGUGUGUGUAUUUAUAAAGCAAAAAAAGAAGUAGCAUGACUCAGCAGGAAAGAUGAAAUCUGACUGAGUUUUACAUUCAGUCAAGUUUUAGUCUUGAAAAAUACAAAUUAGAAGGACGUGUGCUUUGAGUCUUAAACUCUGCUGUAUGUCAGAUUCACACUUUAUUUCACCUCAAGUGUCUCACAGCAGAAGUUUAGAAUUUAUACUUUUUAAAAUCACACUAGAUGGCUGAAACUAGCGGCUAAAUACAGCUAAAAGCACGACUUGAUGAACUGAUUCAUAGUUAACUGUGACAAGCAUUGCUCAAUAUUUCUCUUGCAAAUUCAAAAUCAGUCAAGUUAUCAAUAUGACAAUAAGCCUAAACUCCAUAACUAAAAUAACCUAACUGCUAUACAAAACAGUGACAAGAAAUGACAUUAACCACAUUUACGUGUUUGAUUAUGUGUUCACUCUGGCCUUGAACACUGUGAUAUUUAUAAUUUGUUUUAAAAAGGAUCUAAAUACCUUCUCAGUUAUGACCUAGUAGGACUAAUAAUGUGAUAAACUUUGCUGACAUUUACAAGGCUGCAGUUAGGACAAGCACCUGCUGUCACUGUUGUUUGUUGUCUCCCUCUGCAGGCCGGUGGAGGACAUGGUCCGGGACAUUCAGCAAGGGAACUGGCUCAGAUUUGGAACAGGGAAACUAAAAGAGCUUUGUAAACUGCUGCCAGAAGACGGGGAGGUAACAACAUCACAAUGUCUUCUUCGCUUCUUUUCACUUCUGACACUGAGGUGUCAGCAGGUAUCCUCCUGAAUCAGGAGAAUUUUAGCACUUCUCUGAUGAAAUGUUAUUUUAUUGUUAUAAGUGAAUGACAAUGAUAUAAAUCGCAGCUCUUUGUGUCCAUGCACAGGUGAAGCAGCUCCAGUCAUUCAGUGGGAACCUCUCUGUGUUACCUGAGGCAGACCGGUUCAUGGUGCAGCUUGUCAAAGUACCAGGGUGAGUGGAUGUCUGUUUUCUUCUAGAUGCUACAUUUCUGCGUCAGAACUCUAAUCGCUUGUGUGCUACAAUUUACACAAACUGUACAUAAAAAAACGGGGAAAUCUGAGCUCAAAUUUUGAUAACUCGUGUCAAUAACUGCUAUAAUAACAAUGAUACAUCAAAACUAACAGUAUCUUACCAGCUGACCAAUCAUGAAUAAUUUUGUUGACGUGUCUUAUCUGCAGCUAUGAGGAGCGUCUGAAAGCGAUGAUGCUGAGGGAGGAAUUCUUCCCUCUCAUGGAGGAGGUGAAAAACUCUGUUACUGUCAUGACCAAAGGAGCUGAUGGUAACACAAACACAAAUUCAAGCCAUUCAGAGCCACCCUUUUAAUACCAAGGUUAAUGCUUCCUCGUUUUUUUCUUUUCCCUUAGAGCUGUUGAACUGCGACGACCUCCACUCAGUUAUCCGGCUGGUAUUAAAAGCUGGGAAUUACAUGAACGCUGUUGGUAUUUUUCUCUAAAAGAACAUGGUUUUAUCACCUACACUUUAGUUAUAUUUUUAAUGUCUAUAGUGUUCUCUUUUUACCAGACAUAAAUUUAAAGCUCACUCCUAAAUCUAACACUCCUGUAAUCUGUUUCUCAGGGUGGUUACAGCGCCAACGCCAUUGGCUUCAGGAUGACAUCUCUGCUCAAGCUGGCUGAUACCAAGGCUAACAAACCAGGGAUGAACCUCAUGCAUUAUGUUGCUAAGGUGAGGAAGAGCCCUGUGAUGGACAGAUGAUCAUGAAACAAAAUAUGAAACUCUCUACUGUAAUGCUGUGUUUUUAAAAAUCGUGUAUCUGAUUUUCCUUCAUGUUCCCCUCUGCUUUAUACCCAAACAACAGCAAGCAGAAGACAUUGAUGCAGAGCUGCUGACUUUUCCCAGUCAACUUGAACAUGUCAGCAUGGCGUCAAGGUGGCUAUCACAAGUAUACUGAAGAUCUAUGCAUAUGAAAUUAUCUCUAAAACGGUUUGGGUUGUUAAGAUUGGCAUAGAAUGAUGAUGUUUCAUUUGCUUAGUUUGAUGCGUCUUUCGAUUUUGCCCCUAUGUGAGUGUUUUAAUGUUGCUCAAACAGAAUUUGUAAAGAGGAGGUCAUGUCAGACUUUGAGAGAGAAGUCAAGAAGAUCAAGGAAGUGAAAUUGUACAGCAGCAGACAUCCUGGCCUCUUACAACAAAUGGAGUCAUUUUUUCUGGUGAAGUGUUGUCAUAUUUCUUGACUUUAACUAAGUAAAAGCUCUAAGAUGUAAAGCAAAUGCCUGUGAUGAUUUACCAUGUUAGGUUUUUCCACUUUUUGCCAUUAAUAUGUUCUAAUUUCUCAGAGAGCUGAGGCUAAGCUGGUUGAUGUGGAGUCCUCUCUUCAGGAGCUCCGUAGUGUGAGUGAACAUGUUGCCGAGUAUUACUGUGAGGACCCUGCUACCUUCAAACUGGGGGAAUGCUGCUCCAUCUUUCACUCAUUCUGCAAGCGCUUUGAAGCAGCUGUAUUGGUAAGGAAAAAAGGAAAUGUAAUAAUGGCUGAUAAAGCCGGUCACCAUCAAACUACUACGACUCUCUUUCUUACUCGACUGUAGGAGAACAAAGAGCGGGAGGCAGCAGAGGAGAGGCGCAAACGCAGGGAGAGUGUGCGCAUUUCAUUCAAACGUCGCUCCACAGUAUCCUGCCCCAGAUCUGAGCCUCAUCAGGAUGACUCUAGUCUGGAGUCGGUCCUACACAACUUCCUUUCAACUGCUCCAGAGGGAUUGUCCAGGUGCAGGAAGAACACGCUGCCUGUAAUCAAAGGUUCCCCAUCUGUGUGUAGCUCAAAGGUGGUUCCACUAGUUGGAAAACCAGAUCCAACUCCUUGUACCGGACAAGAACAACCUGAGAAGAAACAACCUAAGCAGCAGAAAGAGGAGGACCCCUCUCAGGAAAACAAAGAUGAAGCUGAGAAGAUGCGUGAGGUAACUCUGAAGGUGCUUCAGUACCAAAACAGUAGUGAGGACAAAGUUAAUGGCACUCCUAGACAAUCUGAGAGACCUAAGGACACACAAGCUACCCCCAAAACCCCGAAGCCAAGAAGCAGAGACUUCUUCUUUGCCAACAACUCAAGCUCCCCAUGGACCAUCCUGAGCCCCUUGACCUGCCCCCAGGGGACCCCGAUCACACGAAACAGAAGAGCACAUCAUUCCGGGCGACCCUUGUUAUUAGGCGGAGACAACCUGCAUGAUGAAGUCUGGGAGAAAGACUUCUCUCACCAGGGCACUCAAACCUCUCCAUCUCAAGGUUCUUCAUCUCUUCCUGAGUGUCCCAGCAACAGAGCUGUGUCCCAGGGUCCCUUCCUCAGGUCUGUUUCUGUGGAUGAAACCGGGGGAUCACCAGUGGCUCAUUCUCGACUGGGAGAACUGUUCCACAGAAGUAUUUCCCAGAGGUCCCACUCCUCUGGAUCAAGGACUGAAGUCAUGAAAGAAGCCAAAGAAAGGGACUGGCUUGGCAGUAGAGCAAGGAAUUAUGCAGAGGGGCAGGUUAGCACCUCAGGGUUCAGAUCCUUCUUCAGACGCAUAGGAGGCAAAACUAAGCUGGGAGAUGUAGAUGAUCAGCACUUUAAAGGAUCUUAUACUUGA